AUGGAGGCCUUGCCAGAUCUUAAGGAUUUAGUGGAGUUGGAGAAGAUACGUCUGGGUGAUAAAGAUCCUAAGGAGCUCAUAUGUCCCUCAACACGGAUGGAGCCAAAAUCCAGAUCAAGUGAUCUCUUAGUUGCGCACAUAGUACUUCCGAAACUGAAGAUGUUAGAGUUGUCUCAUUCUCGAGUCAGUGAACUGCAACUUGGGCAUGGUUCACUCUCAUGUUCACAUCUUAAGAAGCUAGUUCUAUCUGGCGUGAAUCUUGAGAAUGUGCUGGACCUUCCCUCAUCAUUGUCCGUUUUAUCUAUUCGAUGUUGUUCUUCCUUGAGACAAUUGCCAGCAGUUCACCAUCUGAGCAAACUAUCAGAACUACAUCUCAUCCAAUCUGCAGUAGAAGAGAUUAAGGGACUUCAAGGACUAAUUUCUCUGGAAAUCUUGAAUAUUUCGCACUGUGAAAUAUGUAAUCUCAAUGGGCUUGGCCAAUUAACAGAUUUACGAAGUUUGAUUUUGUCAGACUGUAAUUCACUUGGUGGAUUGCCCGAUAUAUCAAACUUGAAGAUGUUGAACGUCCUAGUAGUCCAAAGAUGCAGCAUGUUAGUGAAUGCAAGGGAGAAAGCACAGAGCAAGUUCAGGAUGCAUUAA